ACAGACCCACUGUGCUGGCAGCGUGCGUGCCACUGCCCGCGAAGGGAAGAAGACGAGCGAGGUGCUGUGUGCUGAUUUCUCCUUCUCUAGCUAUCUCACCAUAUCAAACUCAUCUCACAAUGCCUGUGAAUCAUACAUUUCAAGGAGGGAAAGCCUUUGGAUUAUUAAAAGCUCAACAAAGGGAGAGAUGCGAGGAAAUAAACAAGGAAUACAUGGAAGACCAGAAAUACCGGGAUGAGGAGGACCUCCUGGAAAAACUGGAUUCUUUUAAAAACAAAUAUGCAGAGUUUGACCUGAACGACCAGGGAGAGAUUGAUAUGAUGGGUCUGAAGAGGAUGAUGGAGAAGCUGGGUGUUCCUAAGACCCACCUGGAGAUGAAGAAGAUGAUCUCUGAGGUGACCGAAGGCAUCAGCGACAGCAUCAACUACAGAGACUUCGUCAAGAUGAUGCUGGGCAAGCGCUCGGCCGUUCUCAAACUGGUGAUGAUUUUCGAGGACAAGGCUAACGGGGCCAUCUGUAAGCCUGAUGGUCCUCCACCCAAACGGGACAUAGCCAGCCUGCCAUAGAGCAAGGACAUCCUGAGCCUCUAGACUAUAUCACCAUUCUAGGACCCUACCAAGGCCCCUGCCCUCAGCCAGGGACGUGUACAUAGCCUUAUCAACUCCCCACCUCAGGAUGUGCACACGUCCCAGAAGGGGACUUCUCUGUUCAAAACAUGUGGGGAGAUAAAAGAGAGAAGGAUAUAUGUGUGUGUGUGUGUGUGUGUGUGUGUGUGUGUGUAUUUGCUGUGAAGGCAAGGCAGAUUAGCUUUUUAAGACCAGUACAUACAUGUAUAUAUCUAUAUUGAUGAUGAGAAAAUAAUUAUUUUUAAUUAGUGUGAGCACUCGAAACCCCUUGGCAAUAACCGUGUAAUUUGAGUCGUUUUGUGAAUAUGAGCAAUGUGUUGUUUGCUGGGAUCAAACUAACAGAGGUGACAAUUUUGUGAUAUCCUCAGUAUGUACAGUGGGGCAAAAAAGUAUUUAGUCAGCCACCAAUGGUGCCAGUUCUCCCACUUAAAAAGAUGAGGCCUGUAAUUGUCAUCAUAGGUACACUUCAACUAUGACAGACAAAAUGAGAAAAGAAAAUCCAGAAAAUAACAUUGUAGGAUUUUUUAUGAAUUUAUUUGCACAUUAUGGUGGAAAAUAAGUAUUUCGUCAAUAACAAAAGUUUAUCUCAAUACUUUGUUAUAUACCCUUUGUUGGCAAUGACAGACGUCAAACGUUUUCUGUAAGUCUUCACAAGGUUUUCACACACUGUUGCUGGUAUUUUGGGCCAUUCCUCCAUGCAGAUCUCGACUUUCAACUCCCUCGAACGAUUUUCUAUUUAGUUGAGAUUUGGAGACUGGCUAUGCCACUCCAGGACCUUGAAAUGCUUCUUACGAAGCCACUCCUUCGUUGCCCGAGCGGUGUGUUUGGGAUAAUUGUCAUGCUGAAAGACCCAGUCACGUUUAAUCUUCAAUGCCCUUGCUGAUGGUAGGCUUUGUUACUUUGGUCCCAGCUCUCUGCAGGUCAUUCACUAGGUCCCCCCGUGUGGUUCUGGGAUUUUUGCUCACCGUUCUUGUGAUCAUCUUGACCCCACGGGGUGAGAUCUUGCAUGGAGCCCCAGAUCGAGGGAGAAUAUCAGUGGUCUUGUAUGUCUUCCAUUUCCUAAUAAUUGUUCCCACAGUUGAUUUCUUCAAACCCAGCUGCUUACCUAUUGCAGAUUGUCUUCCCAGCCUGGUGCAAGUCUACAGUUUUGUUUCUGGUGUCCUUUGACAGCUCUUUGGUCUUGGCCAUAGUGGAGUUUGGAGUGUUACUGUUUGAAGUUGUGGACAGGUGUCUUUUAUACUAAUAACAAGUUUAAAGUGCCAUUAAUACAGGUAAUGAGUGGAGAACAGAGGAGCCUCUUAAAGAAGUUAGAGGUCUGUGAGAGCCAGCUUGCUUGUUUGUAGGUGACCAAAUACUUAUUUUCCACCAUAAUUUGCAAAUAAAUUCAUAAAAAAUCCUAAUGUGAUUUUCUGGAUUUUUUUUCUUCUCAUUUUGUCUGUCAUAGUUGAAGUGUACCUAUGAUGAAAAUUACAGGCCUCAUCUUUUUAAGUGGGAGAACUUGCACAAUUGGUGGCUGACUAAAUACUUUUUUGCCCCACUGUAUGUGUAAUGUGUUGAUGCAAAGAUUGUGUGUCAACAACUCAUCUGUUAUGAAGCGAUCUGCGUGUCUGGAUACAAGUGAAUUUAUCAGUGGUCCUGUUUUAUCAUGAUUUCAAUAUAGUAUUAAUUGUUUUCCAGAUGUAAUCAAUUCGGUAUAGUUGUAGUCAGUGAUGCAGUGUAGGGUAAACGCCAUUUACACAACUUUUGCAAAAAAUAAAGGAAUAGGAGGCGUUACUUUUUUCACUGUGACCGGCAAUAAGUUUCCACGCCUAUUUAUUUUUUUACUGUUUGUGUUUAGAGGGUUUGUAAGGGAAAAUUGCUUGAACAGUUAUUAGGGAAACUAACCCAAGUCAUUCAGAUAUUAUUUUACCUCUCCCUCAUUUUACUCCCCCCACCAAAUGAUCUAGUUCCCCUUUUAGGUUUGAUAUUUUUAAUCGUGUUAAAGUACCAUGCUGGUUAUGAAGCACAAGAAAUAAAAAGAGCACUGUUUUUGGAAAACCUUUUAUAUACAGUUGUCAAGAUCAUCCCAUAUGAUGGAUUGUUGCCAUGCUGCAGACUCUGCUUGGUCAUUGUCUCACUAUAUGUCAGGGGUGACAGAUUAUGGCCCUACCCCAUUCUUCCAGACUAGAGGUGGGUUACUGUAGUUGGGAUUAGGAUGUGGUCGGUGGGGUGAUGGAUUAAGAGUCAGAGUAUGACGAGAUCCGGUGUUGUAGAUUGACACUGGCUUCCUCAACCUAAAGGGGCAGGAUGGAUGGGGUCGGUGGAGUCAAGUUUAGUAGCGCUUCACAUGGAUUUAUGGAAGAUUAGUUUUAAGGCACAGGCACACACUGAAGAUUCUCAGCAUGUUAGUAUCAAUUAUGAUGAAAACACAUUCUUUCCAAGUGCCUAAAGUAAUGUUGAGAGAAGAGUAGAGGAAGUUAGAGUUACGCUCUAUUCUCCCUCCUGAGCUGUAUUUGGGAAAAUAGUUUUGAAGGUGUUUAUUCAUGUGUAUGUUAGGGUUAGGUGUUACUUUUUUGGUAAUGUUCCCCUAGGUCUACGCUGUCUCAGGUACUGCUUUGAAUGACUGGAUCUUCGAAUACAUAUACAGUACAUCUAUGAAGUGAUGUUAGAUAUGCAGUUCAAUCUUUCCAGUUUCCCAAAUGUCCCCGUUUGACUAUCCUAGUCUUCAUAGUGGUACUGUUCUCAUUUCUAUCUCGUCUGUAAAAUGUUAUGAACCUGUCCCAUUUCAAAUUGUGUUAUCCCCGUCUUGCCAUGUUUUACUAUAAUCUUAUUUUCUUUCAUCUCAUUCUGUUCUUCGUCAUUCCCCUUAUCAGUUUGGGUUAAUUUGUUUGUCCCAUAAAUUCUCUAGUUUCUGUGCCUCACUGUUGCUCUUCUAUUCUUAUUUUUUUUCUUUUCACGCUUAACAUGGAAUAUAAUAGUAAGAGUAGUUUAAUGUGUUCGCUUUACAUGUUUUUGAAUAUGUCAGUUAUGUACUUUUAUUCCCAGUGUGUUGGGUGGUGGUCUUUUUAAUGUUCUUUUUUUAUGACCACCAAUAUGAUGCACUUUUUUUCUUAUUUUUUUGCCAAAACCAAAGCAAUUAAAGUUAUUUGUUACACUGG